AUGCUUGAGGACAAAAAUAUCUAUACACACAUUACUGAUAAACGACGAAAUCCUACAUCAAAAACUGAAUUAGAACUACAAGAUCGUUUACUUAGGUUAAAGGAUACAGGACACCUUACUGAAAAUCAAUAUAAAAGUUUAAGACCCUCUGACUCAUAUCCCGCAGCUUUCUACGGAUUACCAAAGAUACACAAAAUACCUCUCAUUGAAAAAGUUGAUCAUUUCACCGUAGAUACCAACGUCAAAAUACCUAUGAGACCAAUUAAUAGUUGUAUUGGAUCCCCUAACUAUCAAGUCUCUAAACAUUUGGCAUCCGUGUUAAAACACCUCUACGAAGGCGAUCAUGCGGUUAGAAAUUCAAAAGAUUUUGUUGAUUUUGUAAUGACCCAAACAGUAGAACCCGAUGAACAAAUUGUGUCAUUUGAUGUUACUUCGCUUUUCACAUCAAUUCCGGUAGAUUUAGCACUAAAAAUCGUUAAAGAAGAACUAGAAAAUACAGAGAUUUGGAAAGAGCACACAAAGUUGACGAUAGAACAGAUUUACAGUCUUUUGGCUUUUGUCUUAAAAAAUAGCUUUUUUGUGUUUAAUGGAAAGCACUACCAUCAGAUUUCUGGUUGCGCAAUGGGUUCACCA